AGUACUAUUCCGUGAUCAGUUUGGUCAUACUGUGUAUUCAUUAAAAUUAUUUUGUGCAACAGCUGAUUAAAAAUGGGAUGGUGGUGUGCUUCGUAUUUAUGUUUAAUGUAAUGAUUUAUCAGUUCAAACAAUGACCUUGUAAUGUGAUAACUGGUGUACGCAAUGGCUUAUCAAACAUUCCGUCAAGAGUACAUGCAAAUGCCUGUUGUGACCAGAGCGUACACAACGGCAUGUGUUAUUACUACGCUAGCAGUCCAAUUGGACUUGGUUUCACCAUUUCAACUGUAUUUCAACCCAAUUUUAAUUGUGAAACAGUAUCAGCUAUGGCGACUGGUAACGACUUUCCUGUUUUUUGGAACAGUGGGUUUCAAUUUUUUCUUCAACAUGAUUUUUACAUAUCGGUACUGCCGUAUGCUGGAAGAAGGUUCAUUCCGAGGACGCACUGCUGAUUUUGUAAUGAUGUUCCUCUUUGGAGGAAUUUGUAUGAUUAUUUUUGCAUUCUUUGUAAACUUAUUGUUCCUUGGUCAAGCCUUUACUAUCAUGUUGGUGUAUGUGUGGUCACGUAGAAAUCCUUUUGUGAGAAUGAACUUCUUUGGAUUGAUCAACUUCCAGGCACCAUACUUACCAUGGGUGCUACUAGGGUUCUCAGUUCUAUUAGGCAAUGCCAUUUGGGUGGACCUUAUGGGUAUGGCUGUAGGACACAUAUAUUAUUUUGUAGAAGAUGUGUUCCCAAACCAACGUGGAGGUUUUCGGUUGCUCAACACACCACAAAUACUGAAAGCUCUGUUUGAUGCUCACCCUCAGGACCCAGACUAUACACCCCUACCUGAGGAUCGACCAGGUGGCUUCAACUGGGGAGAACGUCCUCCAAACCAACAGUGACAAACAAGUGUAAGAAAAGCUAUUGUCAGCCCCACAGGCUUGUCAUGGAUGGAGACAAUGUACAAAAUGAUGUUCCAGCCACUUAUUUGAUCAGUGUUUGACAGUUUGUUUCAUGGUAUGGUAAUACAUGUACUAUCAAAAUUCAUUAAAUAUGUUUUUGUCCAGUAUUCUAUGUUAUUACAUGAUAUAUAUACUCCUUCUAUACUGUCCAGUGUACUUAUGUUUUUGUUCUGGUAGUGGAGUCUACAAAAUAAAAUCGGUGUUCAAAAUCAGACAAUGAAGACUUGUGAUUAAAAUAAUAAGCUGGACUCUCAAUCAGUUUCAUCAGAACAAUCAAUGGCAAAUAUGUACAUUUAUAAACAUUUCGAUAAUAAUGAGGUUUGUGUACACACAGAAUUGAAGAUCUUACAUAACUGCUGUUACUGAUGACAGUGCAGAAGGCAUAUUCUUGUAACACAGCUGUACUACAUUUUGUCUAAUGUCUAGUAAAACUUUUACUGUUUGUGA